AUGGGUGUUCCUACGUCUUCUUACGUGGCUAAUGGCUUGUCUGCUCGAUCAUAUCAACCAAUGGGAUUCCAAGAUAGUGGGAACAACUUGAUAUUUUGGCUUUUGAUUUUUACCGGAAGUUCGGCCAUUACGUUCAUCUUGGAGAAUGUGCAGAUGUAUCCAGACCUUCAGCCAGUGGAAAAUCUACGAAGACUGCGAAUUGAAAGACGGCCAGAGAGUUUCCAGGCUAGCGAAAUCGUCCACGAGAGCGUGGUGGAGGUGAAAUCACCUAUAGAUCUCUUCUCUCACCUCGGUCUAUGUGACGGGAACUCUGUUUCUCGACUCGGACUACUCUACAACUCCGAGUGUGUCACGGUUGAUAUCGCCAAAUCGAUUGCCUUCGAUGAUGCUACCUACAAUCGAGCGCUUUUUGGCACUUACCGACGGGGGAUGGUGCUGCUCGGUUCCAGUUCAGUCCAAAAUGGCGGCGCUUCGGGUCAAGAGGGAGAACCAAACUUUUACCCAAAAUACAUCACAUACGGGUCAAAAGAGAUGAUCCUGGUCUCUCUGACUUACAAGACAGAGGCUGAUGCGAAAAGCUCAAAGAAAAUUGAGUUCAGUACAGACAAACUGUCGGAUCAGUUGGAGACAUUGUUGCAGUUUUCUUCUCAUAACCUGGAGACUAUCAAGAUAAUCCGCUUAUCGACAGCAGAUCGAGAGUACCGCAGCUGGAAUUUCCCCCAGGCCCUGGCCGCGGGUUCUGUAGAGAGGGUGAAGUCAGAGCAAAGUGAAAUGGAAGAGGUCAGACAGAGGGUACUGUCUAAGCUGGCCAUGGAUCCUUACUACAUGAACUAUGUCAUGUGGCCAUUUACAGGAGACGCCCCGGCCGCGAUGGAUCGAGCCUCUAAGAAGACGAUGUUAUGGAAAAAUGUCACCCUGUGCGAAAUACAACUGAAUCACGUAAUGAGGAUAGGAGAAAAAGUGAAGGAGGCGAAAUGUGUUGGCACAAUGCUAUCCUCGAAAUACUGUAGGCGAUUAUCACGCCGCAUGGCGAGACUUGAGCGCACUAUUGCCAAAAACGUUCACACGUCACGGGCUGCGUGGUACCAGAUGUCAACAGAAGAGAAGACAAAUCUGACAGAAAAGUGUCAGAAGAUGUGUGUGAUAAACGAACAUAAAAUGGACAGAGCUGUGAAUAAAGUUCUCUUCGGUAUGGGAGCCGAGCCUGCUAUCGGCAGGUCAAGGUCAAUCCAAGGUCAAUGGCGCAGGAAAUGGUCACGGAGAAAGAACCGCAAGUUAAGAGGGAAAAAGAAAGACGGCCGAAGACAUAAGAGAAUAGACAGAAACCAGAAGAGACGCAAGCAGAGACGCCAGCAGAGACGGAAAGUGAAGGAGUAAGGGGGCCCAGCUCUUAGGG